UGCGGGGCGGAGGAUGCGCGGGUCUUCUUGUAGCCCAGGGGCAGGUGGCAGCUGCGCUGCGUUAGUUCUUCCUGGGGACGUUCCUCUGGGCUGUAUUUCUUAGCUGGCGUCCCUUCUGAGCAGCCGGGCUUUUGCCGGGCGUUGGAACUUGCGCAGGGGCAGAGUGCGGGACCUGUCCUGAGGUCCCUGCACACUCAGGAGAAGGAGUGGGUCGCAAUUCGGUUAGUUUGUGGACGCCUUCCAGUUACAGAGACUGGAAUUCAAAAAUUGAGUUAAUUCAGAAGUCUUUAUUGAGCGAUCAGUAGUACAGGGAAUGAAGGAUGGCAGCACGCCGUGCGUUAAAAGCUGUUUUGGUAGAUCUCAAUGGCACACUUCACAUUGAAGAUGCAGCUGUGCCAGGCGCACAGGAAGCUCUUAAAAGAUUACGUGCCACUUCUGUAGUGGUUAAGUUUGUGACCAAUACAACCAAAGAGAGCAAGCAAGACCUAAUGGAAAGAUUGAAAAAAUUGGAGUUUGAUAUCUCUGAAGAUGAAAUAUUCACUUCUCUGACUGCAGCCAGAAAUUUGGUAGAGCAGAAACAAGUCCGACCUAUGCUGCUGGUUGAUGAUCGGGCCCUACCUGAUUUUAAAGGAAUACAAACAAGUGAUCCUAAUGCUGUGGUCAUAGGACUGGCACCAGAACAUUUUCAUUAUCAAAUUCUGAAUCAAGCAUUCCGGUUACUCCUGGACGGGGCGCCUCUGAUAGCAAUCCACAAAGCCAGGUAUUACAAGAGGAAGGAUGGCUUAGCCCUGGGGCCUGGACCAUUUGUGACUGCUUUGGAGUUUGCCACAGACACCAAAGCCACAGUAGUAGGGAAACCAGCGCAAACGUUCUUUUUGGAGGCAUUGCGGGGCACUGGCUGUGAACCCGAGGAGGCCGUCAUGAUAGGAGAUGAUUGCAGGGAUGAUGUUGGUGGGGCGCAGAACGUCGGCAUGCGGGGCAUCUUGGUGAAGACUGGGAAAUACCGAACAGCAGAUGAAGAAAAAAUUAAUCCAGCUCCUUACUUGACUUGUGAGAGCUUCCCUCAUGCUGUGGACCACAUUCUGCAGCAUCUGCUGUGAACCAUCAUGCGAAUCAGAAGCAACUUGAAACGCAGCUUUUCAUCAUCUGGAAUGAGUCCUUGUGCUGUGAGAGCCACCACAGACGGACAGACCCCUCAGCGCUGGUCGCGAUUGCGCCGUAACUAGAAGGAGGGGCACUGAGCUGCAGCCCACACUAAGCCUUGCUGGUGCCUUUUGUUUUACUUUGUAGAAGAAGAUGAGAGCCAAAGAAAGGGAGAGCUGAGAUUCUGUGCCAUUCCUUCUGAAAUAUUCAUCAGGUUCGCAGGGCUGGAGGGAGAGUCUGCUGCAGGGAGCCUUACCGUCUGCUGUCUGCUCCCUGGUAAACUGGGGGUGGGGGUGGGGUUCAGGCUGUGAAUAAAACGCAUUAAAGGGUGCAUUAGGUUGUAGUUUUAAUAUUGAGUUCAACUGUGAGAUCCAUCAGAAGUGCCAAGUGGGGUGCAGGACAGAAGCAGCAAAAUGAAUUGUCCUUUAGCCCAAGCCAUCAAGUGAAUUUGCUUUAACAGAUGUUGAAAACUAGAUUAGCUACUGUGUUAUUCCCAGCACGGGUGACUUCUUUUUCUCUUCAUUAGCCAGAGAUGACUAAUUUAAAUUUAGAACCUGAUUUUAAUUUAAAAUAAUAUUUCCAUUAAUAACCUAUUCAUUGCAGAUACCUAUUACACUGUGUAACAGUUGUUUUGGAAAUUUUAUGUAAAAUUAAAACUAUCAGUAUUUUACAGAUGUUUUAAUUAGACAUUGUUAUUAACAGGAACAGUGCAGAAACUAAAAUCAAGCUUUUAAUGUCUUAUAGACCAUGCAUUUUUGAGGUUAGUGUCCACCAGGGUCCAAUUAACUGUACAUUUGCAAGAUUUCAUUAUUUUUGCCUCUGACACUGUGGGGGAAAUCUUUCAGAAGCUAUUGGGACAGAUUCAGGCUUUUAUGUACUUGGUUACUACAGCUGUAAAAUGAAAUCUCGUCCUGUAGCAUGGAUCAUUCUUCUCGUGUCAAGCCCACCAGAAUGAGGGGGACUACGUAGGUACUGAUUUUCCCAGUCAUUUGCAUACCGUGAUGAUCCUGGGCCUUUGCAAUUGUCUUACAGGGCUCGCGGGCAUUGAAUUGUUAGCACGUGACUGUGCAUCGCUGUAGUGUUCACCUUACGAAGCGCACGGUGUUAAUGAGCUUCGGGUUUUGAUGCUUGUUUAGAGAUCAGCUUGGUCUUGGAUGGGAGGGAGCAAAGCGAAAUAAAUGGCAGCUCCCUCUUUUUGGUCGUUUGGCGAACACUGUUCUUGUCUUUGCCCCAACUUAGUAUUUAUACCUCCUGGAGUGGGAAGGACAGCUGUGGUGGGAUCACUACCCCGAGGGAAGAUGAGUGCGGGGGCAGAGGGCACAGGUCCGGAGCCUCGCCGGCACCUGGCUUCCGUGACCGUGGGCCUCCCGUGCCUCCCUCCCCUGACCUGUGCCAUGGAGAUGACGCCGGUGCCCACCCCGCAGGCCUGCUGCGGGGGCCAGAUGCAUAACCUGUAUGUUAAGUGCUUGGAGUAGAAUCAGGCGGAUGCUAAGUGUUGCAUGUUUGCAGUGAUGACCGUGCAGAGGUAGCAGGAGUGUCGCAUUUAACUGCCUGAAAAAGGCUGGUGGGACUCAUCUCAGUUCAGUAGGGAAAGACUUCCUGAGAAUUUAAAACAGCCAUGUCCUGCUACAUCUUACACUCCCUCAGGCCAGCCCCGGCAGAGAGCAGCCCCGGCUGCAGACAGAGGGGCUGGCCGCCCUCAGCUCAGUGAUUCCUCGCGAGCUGCUGUGUGCAAGUGCCAUGCUGCGAAAGAAGCAUCUGAGAAAGGGAUUUUUGCCUUGAGUGGCCUUACUAGUUGAGCUGGGGAGAAGACCCAAGGCGGCGUGCAGACGCCGUGUCCCCGCUUCUGUGAUGCCACCCUGACCGCAGGAUGGGGUGAAGUGCUCCCUCCUCCCACGUAGCUCUUGCUGGAUGGCACUUAGGUCUUCACACCUCUCUUGUCCCCACAGCACGGGCACUCAGGUGGUCACCGAGCCCGUAAAAACCAGCUGUGCAUGUUACAGGAGUUUAAUGCUGUGGGGAGGGAGGGCAACAGUUUCAUGCUCGACCUACUGCCCGUAGGGGAGGCCUUAGACACUUAAGUAACGGCCAGGGUGCCCUGGAGACAGGUUAGAGCUAGAGCCCCGCAGGAGACGUCGCAGGUGGGUGAGUGGCGGGAGCGGGCGAGCUUGCCCAGCCAGGAGAAACAGCUCCUCCGCUCUUCUCCACUCUAGCCUGGCCCUGUAGGCCAUUAAAAUGCUUUUAAUUGGGUGUUUUAUUUAUUUAACAAACAGUAUAUAGAUCUUACUAACUGACCCGUCCACAGUGAAGUUUGUAAGGAUAAAUAAAAAUCUUGGUUUAGAUCGAGGUUACUGAAAACCUUCCCAGCCCGGCUGGCCGGUCUGCCUUGGGCCUCAUGAGGGAGAUUUAACAGCUGAAGAACGUCAAGGACUUCACUUUCUAGCCAUUUCUUUUCGAGGGCUGUCUGGUGGUAUUGACCCAAGCAAGGAUAGUGUUUGCUUCAGCUUUUCUGUAAUCCUGUCCUGACCCCAGAAAAGGGACCAAGUGACAUCUUAGGACUAGAAAGGGCCGUAGAGAGGCACCCACUGUCAGGAGAUGGUGGUUGAGCAUCCGCUGUGAGGCAGGUGCGCACUGGUGCGGAGGGGGGCGGAGGCGGGCGGAGGUGGGCGGAGGGCCAGUCCAGUGGAGGAGGCAUGGUUGUUCCAGCCUCUUCACUCACCUCCAGAAUCAGCUGGUUUUGCGGUGGCUCUGCCUCUGCCAUUCUGCACCUGUCAGAGCUGAUGUAAUGCCUGGGAGGGAAAAGGGGGCUAGCCCAUGUCUAAGUGACGGCUCCAUCACACACCUGUAGCUGCAGAUGUCAGCAGUUCCCUUGGAAUGAUGGUGUUGUCACCUCACUCCUAGUCUCACGUUUAAAAAUCACUGAAGCAAGUUGGACAGGAAAGUCAGAACUCACCCGCGCUGGUCGUGUUCAGCUGGAUCAACGGCGUUCACGGAGGAUGAAGCCACAGCCCUUGGGCACCGACAGUAAAGAAUUUUGACAACUGCACUCCUCUGUGUCGUGAACACACCGACCUCUCGCAGCUGAGUCCCUUAUUCCUGGCACCAGUUGUUUGCACGGAGCCGGGUUUGCAUGAUGGGGUUUUUCCGACAUAAGUCACAAAAGCCUUCCUCGGCCUGAGUGCACAGGGCCUUUGCUGACUUCGUGUUCCGCCCGCCAUCAAGGCCUGCACCGCAAGCGUGCUGCUCUCCCUAGGAGGCGACCAGAGCAGGGUGCCAGAGCCCCAGACAUCAUUUAUCCUAGUCCAAACUGCUCAUCUGUUCAAAUCAAACACACUUUGAGGCCUUUUUCCAGUGCUCACCCUAAUGUCACACACAUCUCAGCGCCUGCUUGUUUCCCUGGCUCCUGUGCCUCAGAAAAUCAGACCGUUAAAUGCCCCCGAGGGUAAAGCACUAAGGGAGACGGAACAGACUGUAUCCCCAACUCCUAAGGUGUGUUCUGGUUGGAAAACUGAAAAAUAAAAAUACAUCUUAAAGUCCAAAGGGCUCUGACAGGUUCAAGAUGACUGUGUAAGGAAACCCUCUCAGAGCAGAGGGCCGGCGUGCAGCGAGCGAGAUGCUGCGGAGCGCGGACAGCGCUGGUGGCCUUUGUCUGUGUCACUGUAAGGAGUGCUUCCGUCACUCCAUAGCAGGGAGAGAAGUCCCACAGCCACGGCGCUAACCCUCGGGCAGGGUCAACAGACAACACCCACAACCACGCAACAAAGAGACGCUGAUGAGUGACGAAGACGGAGAAAGCCAGCAAGAGUGAGGGUGCCACCACCUUAGGUUCCCACAGGCGUCUGAAUGCGACCUCUGCUUCAGACGAAAAUACCACAUGUGGGGUUAAAGUUCCACCAACAGCUGAUCGGUCAAUCUCCUGUAUCCCUUAAACUCACAUAACUUUUAAUCUGCUUAAAGAAAAAAAUAACCAGAGACUAAACAGUAGAUCAGUCACUCGUGUUUGCUCAUCUCUCUCAAAGCCCCACUGAAAUGAGAAGGAACAGAGAUGGUAUAAACCCACAAGGACAACCCAGAGGAGAAUGGUAGAGGAGACACCCGUGGUCGAGAAGUUGCAGUAAGCUGGGAGGCGGAGGUGGAUGGAGUGGAAGGCGGGACUAUGGAAGUUAAGGCCUUAGAGACGGCAGGCAAGGUGGUGGGCCGCAGUGAGACACAGGGUGAAGAUGGAAUUCGGCAAAUCUCUGCUUACUCUGCGGCAGUCCUGGUCCCCUUCCCCUUAACACCGCCAGGACCAGAGAGUGCGGGAAUGGAACUGAAAGUUUAUCUGACAUGUUCGGCCAUUUGGAAGACAAUACUGGUGGGUAUGUGACAGAUCUGAGGAUGUUGCCAAAUAAAAAUAAGAAUAAAUUCUUAGAAAAUUAAGCAAA